GACAAAACUAGGGAGUGAAAUAGCACGUGUUCCCGCUCCGGAAUCACGUGCGGAGUUUCAGAUUGCCCAAUGUACACCAUUUUUUUCCUUUGUUUUAGGGUUUUCAAUUAAAUUGAGGAGGAAAGCCCUCUAUUUUGUCUGUCUCUGCGUCUAGCCCUUUUUGACUUAUUCUCUGUAACUUGUUUUUCUCUGAAUUCUUUGUUCCUUUUUCUUUACAUUGAGAUUCAUCAAUUGGAUUCUGUAGCUGCGAAGAUCAUCAGCUCCAUUGUUCUUUGGUUUUUCUUUUUCUGUUUGGUUGCCGGAAAACUGUUGCAAAACCAGCUGGUCCAUAUUCUUUUGGUUCUCUUGAUUCACCACAUAUGCGUUUAUUACCGAAUUGGUGAUUCCAUUAUGCUGGAAAAACUUGGCAUUAUAAGAGAGUCAGAAGUCAACUUAGCUGAUGAAGAUAACAGCUUAUUUUAAUCUUGUCAUCGGAUUGGGCUAUUCACCUCCUGCAUGGGCAAGUCUAACUGCUGGUGCCUUGGUACUUGUUACUCUUAUCCUUUCAGUUUACCUACUAUUGGAGCAUCUUCAAGCAUACAAGAAUCCUGAGGAACAAAAAUUCUUGAUCGGAGUUAUCCUCAUGGUUCCCUGCUAUGCUGUAGAAUCAUUUGUAUCAUUGAUAAACCCAUCAAUCAGUGUUGAUUGUGAGAUACUUCGGGAUUGUUAUGAAUCCUUCGCCAUGUAUUGCUUUGGAAGAUAUCUGGUAGCAUGCUUGGGUGGGGAAGAGAGGACCAUUGAAUUUAUGGAAAGACAAGGACGUGCAAGUUCUAAGGCUCCUUUAUUAGAACAUGGUUCUGAAAAGGGAACUGUUAAUCAUCCUUUUCCAAUGAAUUAUUUUAUAAAGCCAUGGAAACUUGGCCAAUGGUUCUACCAAAUUAUCAAAAUUGGAAUUGUUCAGUAUAUGUUAAUUAAGGCUUUGACUGCUCUUUUAGCAGUAAUCCUCGAAGCCUUUGAUGUAUACUGUGAAGGAGAAUUUAAAUUGGGAUGUGGGUAUCCUUAUAUGGCAGUAGUACUAAAUUUCAGUCAAUCAUGGGCUCUGUACUGUCUAGUUCAGUUCUAUGCUGUGACAAAGGAUGAACUGGCUCACAUAAAACCAUUGUACAAGUUUCUGACAUUUAAAUCAAUUGUGUUUUUGACUUGGUGGCAAGGUGUUGCAAUUGCGCUUUUAUAUUCCCUUGGUUUGUUCAAAAGUCCCAUAGCUCAAGGCUUGCAGUUUAAGUCAAGCGUCCAAGACUUCAUAAUUUGUAUAGAGAUGGCCAUUGCUGCUGCUGUUCACCUGUAUGUGUUCCCUGCAAAGCCAUAUGAGCUAAUGGGAGACCGAUUCCCUGGAAGUGUUUCAGUUCUUGGGGACUAUGCAGCUGUUGAUUGUCCUUUGGAUCCUGAUGAGGUUAGGGACAGCGAACGCCCAACAAAACUUCGCCUUCCUACUCCUGACAUUGAUAGUAAGGGAGGCAUGACCAUCAGAGAAAGUGUUCGGGAUGUUUUUAUUGGCGGUGGAGGAUAUAUUGUGAAUGAUGUGAAGUUCACAAUGACACAAGCAGUGGAGCCAGUGGAGAAGGGGAUCACAAGGUUCAAUGAGAAAUUGCAGAAGAUCUCCCAAAACAUUAAGAGACAUGACAAGGAUAGGAGGAGGACAAAGGAUGACAGUUGCAUUUCGUCAGCACCUACACGAAGGGUGAUUCGUGGAAUAGAUGACCCUUUAUUGAAUGGGAGCAUUAGUGAUAGUGGGGUUUUACGGGGAAAGAAGCAACGGAGAAAAUCUGGAUACACUAGUGCUGAAAGUGGAGGUGAGAGUAGCAGUGAUCAAAGCUAUGGUGGCUAUCAGAUCAGAGGCCGUAGGUGGGUUACAAAAGAGUAGUUGAGAGGAAUGAUUGUGUGAAUUGUGAAAACUUAAAUAAGGCAGGUCAAACAAAGGUUGUGACAAGGAGGAUUCAAGUGUCAAAUGAGAUGUGUCGUCACCAUCACCAUGCGAUCAUGGGAUUGUGAUUUGCUACUCACAGGCAUGCUGGAUAGCAUGUUUUUGCAAAUGAGCAAUAUUAUUUUUUUGCUUCACUUGGAUCCUGUGGGUUCGGGAAUUAUCGUUCUAUGUGGAUAAGAAGAUGGUAUAUGCAAGGGUGAUGAAAGAUGUAUCAUUUUUACGAAUUACUGUUUUUUUAAGUUUGCUGUACAUAACUUCCAUGAAUCAGGGAUCAUGUUUCUUUGGAUGGGGAAAAGAUCUUGCUGCAUGAAUUAGAUAUCCUUACUAAUAAUUCAUAAAUGAGAUUUAAAGGCCAUGCGUUGUCUAUUAGUAAA